ACGCACAAAAGAGCCAAAACCGGAUCUUCUCCAAGUAUUGUCCUUUAUAUAAAAGGAUCGUAUUUGAACUCUACUGUGAAUGUGUACAGUUGAAGUUGACGCCUACUGAUUACAUGAAUCUAUAUAUACAAGGCUAGACUAGUCACUAAAUUCAUCACCUUUUUCGCUUUGGGCACCAAUGGACUCACAUGAGGAGCAACAAUGCUUACCUAUCCUCGACUUCUCCCGCGAAAAGCUAGUGCCAGGUACGAGUCACUGGAUCACGAUCAGGGACAAAGUCAGAAGAGCAAUGGAGGAGCAAGGAUGGUUUGUGGCAGAGUUCAAUGGCGUCACAUCAGAUAUAAGGGAGGACUUGCUCACCGGGAUGAAGGAGAUGUAUGAUCUGCCGUACGAAAUCAAGAUCAAGAACGAGAACCACAAGGUCUCACACGGGUACAUGACUAUGGUAGUUGAGGAUUACCGGAUCCACGAGAGCUUGGGGAUAGAUUAUGCAACUGAGCACCAAGCUUGCAAAGACUUCUCUAAACUACUCUGGCCACAAGGAAACGAUCCCUUCAGUGAAACAACACAUAAGUACGCAACAGCAGUAGCGGAGCUAGAGCAGAGGGUGAUGAGGAUGUUGUACGAGAGCUAUGGAAUGGACGAGAAGAAGCACUUGGCGAGUCAUUCGGAGUCAACUCGAUACCUGUUGAGGAUGCUGAGUUACCGG